UUUGAAUAAGAUCGUGGGCAGUUGUUAUCCGCACUAUAUUCUGAUACAGUAAAUCAAGUUCAAAUAAAAAUCCACUAACCUCAUCAUUAGUUCAAAAACACCACAAUACCCAACUAAUGAUAACAGUACGAUAAAGAAACAGACCCCACCAUGGAAAGACCAACUAGAAAAGGAAAAGACACAGAAGCAAAACUGCAACAGCAGUACAAGAGUUUGCAAGAAAAAUGGUACUCCAUAAAACAAUCAAAACUAAGAACCUUACGUAGAUCACUAACAGAUUCCAGAACCAUUGAUAGAGGCCUUUAUUUCCUUGACAAUUCUCCAAGAAAACUCAUGUCUUUACUUCAGCACAGGAGGUCACCAUCAGGAGGAGCAUGGAAGGUGAGGAACAAUGACUUGGCAGUUGUGGAGAUAUUAAGAGAAAGAAAGGCAGCCAUUAAGAGCGGCAAGAUUAAGGGAAGGCGGCUUUUCGACGCGGCAGAAGGUGCGAAUGAGGUAAAUUCUGGAGGGAUUCAGGAGAUUAUAUGCAGUUAUAAUUGGGAUGGCUUGGUUCAAGAAAUCAGUGAAGUGAGGUCAGUAUGCUCCUAUGAUUCUGAUGACGAGAAGGAAAAUAUUGUUGAAAGCAAAGAAGAGAUGUCGCGUCCUGUUUAUUGUUCAUCAGCAUCAUCAUUGUCAUCAACUUCUUCUUCCUCUUCUGCUUAUAUAUGUGACGAGUGUAUAGAGAAAGAAAUAUUGAUGAUAGAGGGAGAGAAGGCGGUGGCGGCGGAGGUAAAAGGGAGUGAAGAGGAAAAGAAGAGAGGCGAAAAUGGUGUCAAGGGUUGGCUUGCGGUUGGUUUAAUAGUUAUAUAUACGAUUGGUAUCAUCUCAAUGAGAAGCUUUACUAUUGAUAAUUAUAGGGAUGGUAAUAUGGUGAUCUUAGUCCCAACAUGAUUCUUAUUUUAUUUUUCAUUUUAGAACAAAAUGAAUUCUUUUUCAAUGUUUUUGUGGUGGAACCUAAAUGUAAGAUGCUGAUUAAGUAAUCAAUCUAUUUUGUAUGAACUAUUCUGAUUUUGUUAAUUUACCA